CAGCCUGUGCCCUGGCACUCCAGAGUUUGCCGGUUCGAAGAAGUGCCCAUGAUCUUUCGCAUGGGACACUAUCAUAUUUCCACAGAAACUGGGUCAGUGGCAUUAUUUAGGCAGCUAUGAAUUCAUUCAUCACUCGCAAGGGCCCUGACUUUACCAUGUCAGUGGAGAUCCCAGUGAAGAUCGUAAAUAUCCCCUGGAGGAACAACAACCUCACUACUGUGGAGACAGAGCCUCCUCUGUCAGAGCAGGCUGAGCUCUUCAUUGGGGUGUACCUGAUGGUCAUAGGUUGCCUCUCCUGGUUGGGGAACUGUGUGGUUAUAUUUGUUUUAUAUAAGCAGAGGGCUUCCCUACAGCCAACAGACUAUCUGACCUUCAACCUGGCAAUAUCUGAUGCCUGCAUUUCUGUGUUUGGAUACUCCAGAGGAAUCAUAGAGAUCUUCAAUAUCUUUCGGGAUGAUGGAUUCAUAAUAAAAUGGAUUUGGACCUGCCAGGUGGAUGGUUUCUUCACGCUGCUCUUUGGCCUUGCCAGCAUCAACACCUUGACAGUCAUCAGCGCCACCAGAUACAUCAAAGGCUGCCAUCCCAACAGAGCAUACUGUAUAAGGACCAGCACCAUACAUGUCUCUCUGAUGUGCAUCUGGGCUGGAGCCUUCUUCUGGGCUAUGGUGCCUCUCAUUGGCUGGGGCAGCUACAAAGACCAUGGCUAUGGCACUUGUGAGAUUGACUGGAACAAGGCCAACUACUCCACCAUCUACAAGUCUUACAUCAUCUCCAUCCUCUUCUCCUGCUUCUUGGUGCCGGUGCUGAUCAUGCUCUUCUCCUACGUGUCCAUUAUCACUAUGGUGAAGACCAGCAACACCAUGACCGCCGAUGGCUUCAUCACCGAACACAUCCGGAAGGUGGAGAGAGACGUCACCAGGGUCUCAAUUGUCAUUUGCACUGCCUUCAUUAUGGCCUGGACACCCUAUGCCACAGUGUCUUUGUGGUCAGCCUGGGGCUACCAUGUGCCAAACAUCACUAGCAUCCUCACCCGCAUGUUUGCCAAGUCCGCCAGCUUCUACAACCCGCUCAUCUACUUCGGCAUGAGUGCCAAGUUCCGCAGGGACGUACGCGCCUUGCUGCCAUGCACCCGCGAGAACAAGGACGUGGUGCGUCUGCGCAGCUUCAACAACCUCUGGCCCAAGGAUGGCGCCGCCAAUGCCAUCCCCACCGCUACCGCAGGCCAAUUCUACUACCACCAGGGGGAGACAAAGUAUACUGUGGGGCAACUGCUGGACAUUGAACUGCCCACAAGGUUCCUGGACCCCCAGCACACACCCCCACCUGUCAGCCGGGAGAUAAACUGUGUACUCCCUCCUGCCACAUUUGAAACUGCAGAGUAUGAAAUCGAUCGACUCUAAGCACCAAUGGGUUUCCCUGUUUAGUUUUUUUUCUGUGUUGUUUUUUUAAGAGGUGAUACAUUGCUUAAUCUGUGUGUAUUUAUUUGGACUGUGCACUGUGUAUAAUAUGGACUUGCUGCUGUCAAUAAAAUAUCUC